GAUCACGCCGCCGUCGCUCAUCCUUGGAGCCACAGAUCCCGCCUCCCCGGCGAUCAGGAUAGUGUGCGCCGCGGGUGCUGGGGGCUCGAGAACCGAGCGAGCUGGUUGAGCCUUCAAAGUCCUAAAACGCGCGGCCGUGGGUUGGCCGUGGGUUCGGGGUUUAUUGAUUGAAUUCCGCUGGCGCUGGCGCAGGAGUCUCUGCAGAGAGAGAGAGAGAGAGCGCGAGAGAUGGAAAUGGAUAAACGGAUUCCUUUAGAGCUGCGGAACAGGACGCCCUCUGAUGUGAAGGAGCUUGUCCUGGACAACUGUCGGUCAACUGAAGGCAAAAUCAAGGGCCUCACAGAUGAGUUUGAAGAACUGGAAUUCCUAAGUACAAUCAAUGUAGGCCUCACCUCUAUUGCGAACUUACCAAAGUUAAACAAACUCAAGAAGCUUGAACUAAGCGAUAACAGAAUCUCAGGGGGCCUGGAAGUAUUGGCAGAAAAGUGUCCGAACCUAACGCAUCUAAACUUAAGUGGCAACAAAAUAAAAGACCUCAGCACAAUAGAGCCACUGAAAAAGUUAGAGAACCUCCAGAGCUUAGAACUGUUCUACUGUGAGGUAACCAAGAUGAACGACUACUGA